AAAAUACAGACUUUUGGACCGCCAUUUAGUUGCCACUAACUACCACUUUCUGCUCCCCUUCCCACUCUUCAUAUAUAAAUAUCCCAUUCUUCUUCCUUCAUCCCCAUAUCCUUUGUUGUUUUUCAAGAGUUUUUUACCAAAAUUUUCCCAAGUUUUCUUUGUUUCAAGUUAAAACCUUUUCGCACUUAAUCAUAUUCUACUUACAUCUCAAACUUCCUUGGAAAAAAGGUAGUCUAAACGCGUUUGUUAGCAUGAGUAUGAAGUCAGUUUUUGUACCUAGUCAUGAAAACAAGUCUGCUUUCUCAAGACUAUGGAAUAGGUUUUCGCUAAAAAAGACAACUCCUCAGAAGGAAGACGAGGGUCCAACGACAAUGACAACGACGACAACAGCUGACCAUCUUUCAGUGAGUAGUAGUAGUGACAAUGGCGAGUUAGAGAGGGUAUUUACAUACUUUGACGAGAAUGGAGAUGGAAAAGUGUCACCGGCUGAGCUCAGGAGGUGUGUGAAGGCGGUAGGAGGCGAGUUGACGGUGGAGGAGGCGGAGAUGGCGGUGAGGCUAUCGGAUUCUGAUGGGGAUGGAUUGUUGGGUUUGGAGGAUUUUACAAAGCUAAUGGAAGGAAUGGAAGAGGAGAGGAAUAAAGAUAGUGAGUUGAUAGGAGCAUUUGGAAUGUAUGAAAUGGAGGGGAGUGGCUACAUUACUCCUAAGAGCUUGAAGAGGAUGCUGAGUCAACUCGGUGAGUCAACUUCCAUUGAUAACUGCAAGGCUAUGAUUCAAAGGUUUGAUCUUAACGGAGACGGAGUUCUCAGCUUUGACGAGUUCAAAGUUAUGAUGGCAAGUUAACAAGAGUUCAAAUUACAACUAGUGCUCUAUACUAUUUAUGUACAUAUAUAUUCAUUCGUUUUGGGUCUUGUUUUUGUUGAUUUAUUCCUUCUAAGCAAUAAUAUGACGCUUGAGCUCAAAUAUUAGUUCUGAUAUAUGUUUUCUAUUUAGACUUUUCAAUCUGUAAAUUCAUAAUUGUAAAGCAUUUCUUGGUUACGUAUCUUCUGAUGCCAAGGGGACUCCAGCUGUAAUUUGUAUUAUCCAAUUCUCGAAGUUUUCUAUUUUCAAUACUUUCCACUGUUGCGUGA